CAUCAUGAUGCGAUCUCAAGUCCUCAUUUCAGUCCUCUUAAUCCUUCUCCCAGCUGCCGUGGAUUCUUUCCCACAAGUGCAUGGAGUGAUGGGUCACCCUGUGACACUGCCGUGUACUUAUCCAGUGUCUAAGGGACUCUCAUCCAUGUGCUGGGGCCGAGGGGCAUGUGCUUCUGACACAUGUGGACAAACACUUAUCUGGACUGAUGGCCACAGAAUGUACUCUCAGACAAACAAUCGCUACCAGCUGAAGGGGCAGCUUCUUCAAGGUGAUGUGUCCUUGACGAUAGAGAAUGUCACUGAGAGUGACAGUGGUCUCUACUGCUGUCGGGUGGAAAUGAAGGGAUGGAAUGGUGUACAGAGACUGACCACCUCACUGCAAGUUCAACCAGGAGUUCCAACAAGUUCUUCAGGGAGACUUACAGGUGGAUUCAAACCUAUCAAUAGACCCAGACCUACUCCAAUGAGUCCCAUAACAACUCUAAGGAAACCCAGAAUUACUCCAAGGAGACCCAGAACUACUCCAAAGAGACCCAGAACUACUCCAAAGAGACGCAGAGCUAUUCCAAGGAGUCCCACAACUACCACAAAACCCACAACUACUCCAAGAAGACCAAAAACAACCAGAAAACCCACAACUACUCCAAGGAGACCCUCAACAACCAGAAAACCCACAACUACCACAAAACACACAACUUCUUCAACAAGACCCACAAAUGCUCUAAAAUCAACCAGAAUCUCUACCUCUACUCCUCCACCACCAGCAAACGCACCGACUCCAAAACCAGUUUACACCGAUACUGUGAGAUCUUUACAGCGCCCUUGGAAUAAUCACUCUGAAAUGGUCCCCACACCAAACCCCCUGAAGAUCCACGUCAAGGGCCUCUAUAUCGGCAUCUCCGUGUCUGUUGUGCUUCUGCUUCUCAUGAUUAUCCUGGUGAUCAUAA